UGAGCCUGUAUCGAGAUAUAUGUGCUCGAUAUCCAAAAACGUUCUUGAUUUGGUGAAGAAAGUUUGCAAUUGGGAGAACAAAGAGGUUGUGAUACUGGCACUGGAGGUAUCGAUCACUACCCACGUGAAAGGGUAUAUGAGUGUUUACACUUAUCCUUUUACGAUGGGUCUAUCCUUUUACGAUGGGUCCUCUCGAUCUGGUCAUCAUUGAUUUUUGCAAGAAAUACCAGGUGACCCUCGGCCAAAUUCAUCCUUCUUUUCGGAGGAUCGUGAUACUGCUCCAGUUCUUCGUGAGCAAAAUUGAUGGGUUUCUCUUUACCCUCGACCACCUCAUAAGGUUAUAUAGCCCUCGACUCUACCGAGAUGGGAUGAUAAAGCUUCAACGCCGGGCCACCGAGGCGUUUACCUCGAGUAUAGACGAAGAUAAAGAUCGGGGUUGGAUGGGCCAGUUCGUUAGGGUGAAGACCUCAGACCUGAUCCCGGUUAAGAGUAUGCCAUUUUCCGAGAAAUGAAAUAUAAAACGUAAGUACGAUUCCCUUUUAAAUUUUUAUUUGUUGUUUAACUUCUUCAUCCUUUCUUAUUAGUGUUCUUUUCGAUGCAUCCGUUGCUUGGAUGCCGGAUGCGGUUCCCCACCUCGAGAGCUGAGUCAGGAGCCUGAUUUUGACGUCAAAAUAUGCUGAGCGCGCAUGGCGCGAUUUGUCAAAGGGUCGGUGGGAAGCUCGUACUCAUGGUAAACCUUCUUCUCGGCUUACCGAUUUGCUUACUGUUCAAGCAUUUUCUCGGGCAUAAGUUUUACUUACUUUUCUUUCUUUAUAAGUCUCGGAAAAGAUGCGGUUAUGAGACCCCCAUCAGGUGAUGAAGAAGCUUUACCGCCUAUCUCAAAAUCGGAGAAGGUAAUUAAGAGAAAAAGGGCCUCAGACUCCGAGGGCCAAAAACCCAGGAAGAGAGCGGCUCGAAAACCCAAGGUGAACGUAAUCCCUUUGACUAUGGAGUCGAUCCUGAGUCUAAGGGAUGAAGAAGAAGAAGAAGAAGAAGAAAGUGAUUCCGGGCUGGUGGCCCGUGCACGGGCUAGCACCGAUACUCAAAAUACCUCGGUAUCGGUGGGAGUUGAUACUGCUCCAUCCAGGCUUGAUGAGGUCGAGGAGGAGGCUUUGACCCAAGUUCCCGAGCCGAGGGGGACCGAGGAUGUUUUACCUCGGGGCAAAGAGACUGUCGAAGAAGCUGUGGAUGCCGGUGUGCGAACCGAGCUCGAGGCUCCCCAAGACGGAGGCGACGCCCAAAAAGACCUACUCGGGGCAAUAGAGAUCAGGGAUUCCCCCUCUUUCCCUUCAUUUUCCCAGUCGAUGAUACAUGAUGCUCAAGCUGUGGAGACUUGUCACGGGGAGGGAGCCCAUGGAGAGGAGGAUCCUUUCCGUGGUUAUUUUAUCGGGGUAGAAGAUGUCACCGGUCCGAGUGACUUGGAGGCUUUAAAGAAGAGCUCGAGCGAGGUGGGAGCGCCUUGCCUUUUCAACGAAGCCCAACAGGCCCUGAAUCGGGCUUUUGUGCUUUAUCACGAGGCUUUUCUCCAAUUCCGAGGGGAGCUGAGCUGGUACGAAGCCGAAGUUCGAAGGCUUACUGACGAGAGAGAUGCCUUCAAGCUUCUCAGUGAGCAGAGAGAAGGAGAAGUAAAAGGACUUCGGUCUGAGCUAGAAGCAUCUCGGAAAGAACAAACUGAGCUAGCCGAGCAGGUCAAGCAAAAAAGUUCGACGUGAUCAGGCAGCUUCGUGUUGAAGUGGAUAUAGUGAAGUCAGAGGCCGAGGAAUGGAAGAAGAACAUGGA